AUGAAGAGAAUGAAGACUGGAAGAUCAUCGAAUACUCAGAACAAAGAUGACAUUGUUGGAGACUUCGACGAGUAUGGAGGUUCACCUGGGAAUUCAGAACUUUGUGCAGUUGUUCGUCCAGUGGCAAACGUUACGUUGGCCUUACAAGUAGCUAACGCUCUUCGCUUGGACGUGAAUGACAUUAUAUCUCUCAUUGCUCCGCACGACCCUGCAUUAAUGGAGAGAUUAGCGUGGAAACUCCUGCAUCAAUGGUGUAGACGUCUAGGAAGACAGGAGAAGGAAGAGAAGAUGACUACCCUUCUUCUAGGAUACAACAUCGAAGACACUCAACCAGGUAUUGAUGAAAUCUCUGUCAAGAUUCGUACAUCUGCAGACCUUAUUGACCUCUCCCAACGGCUAGAUUUACCAGCCUCUGAAUUUUGUCAGUUGAUGGCUUCAUCUUUUACCUUUGAACCUGCCUUCAUACGUCAAGUGAUUCUACAAAUGCUUCAGAGAUGGGUCAAACAAGGAGGAACAAGACUGAGGUUGCUUGAAAUUGUUCAAGCGUUUAAUUUCAAUGAUGCUGCAGAGCAUAUAGCCAGAGCAAUGCCACAUCACCCUGGUUUCUUAGAUCCGUUCACACGUGGCCUCAUUGAUCACGAGGGAGGAGAGCUGAGGAUAGACGAACCUGAUAUUAGGGUAUCCAUCCCUUCAGGAGCGAUCUCCAAAGGAAUGAAAUCACUUGUUACUCUCACUAUCCUCAGUCUAAGUCCAUCAAAGUUUCCUCUGGAUCCUGAGGAGGUUCUUAUAACACCACCCAUCCGAUGUUCCUUCAACCAUCAUCUUCUCAAACCUGCCACUAUAGCGCUUCCACACUACAUUGCUCCAAAUCGAUGCCAGCAGAAGAAGCAAGAUUUGCGUGUGAAGCUUUAUAGCAAAAUAGAAUCGGGAGAAUUUGGUUACAGGACUUUGCUUCCUGAAUCGUCGAAUGGUUUUGAGAUCUCAGAAGACAGGGUUACCUUCUCGACACGUCAUCUUCAAUACUUUGCUCUCUCUUCAAACGAUAUUCACGGAGUUCAGUUCAUCUGUGAAGUAUCACAGCCUAUGUUCAUGACCAACUUCCAGCAUCCCAAUCUUCGAAUGUAUAUAGCGCAUCCCUGCAAUACUACAGGUGUAAGAGGACACAAUUGCAGAUUGUUGGAACCAUUCUAUGAAGUCACGACUGUUAUCAAAUUUAAUCUGGAAUCUGCUGAAGAUGACAUCAAUAUUUCAUGUCUAACUGGCUCAGAGAAGACCCAGGAAACUGUUCAUGCGUAUUCCCUACUAUCUGGAGGUUGUAAUACUAUCAACAUCAAACUACCGUCCUCAACCCAUGAUAAGAUUGUUCGUGUUUCCAUUGAGCAAGGCCUGGUCACACUUGCAGCAAAAGAAGUUAAUAUCCAUAAAGAAGUGGAACCUGAUUACGAAAAAACACAAAGAAGAGGCCGAUUGAGGUUCGUUUCGAACGACGUGAUACAGGUGUUGACUGGUUUAGUCUCUGGAAUAAAGAAUGCAAGUGAGCUUGGUUACCAGCUAGGUUUCUCCCACUCGAUGGUCAGCAAGUAUCUUUCCAGAGCAGACUCUUCUGCAAGUAUUGUCUCAAAUGCAGGUCUUAAAGAGAUGCUUCAAGACUGGAGAAAACGCGUCCGACCUAGUGAACAGGUUAAGAAACUUCAACUUGCUUUAGAGACCGUUGGGUUAAGAAAUGAAGCUGAAUUCAUAUUUCACGACACUUAGACAUGUUAGUUUAGUCGAUCC